GUGAAAAAGAAGACAGAGAGAUCAGAGCUCAGUCUGUCCAGAAAGGAGGAGGGCAGGAGAGGAGGAAGACAUCCCCAGCUGAUGAUCUCCUAGGAGACAUCAGGACAUUUCUCUAACUAUUGGAAGUCCCACCAUUCAACAGGCAGGAUGGCUCGGGACAUGUCAGAUAAAGACAUCCUAAAGAUGGAGCUGGACCAGCUGAAAGUAGAAGUGAACACUCCCAGAAAAGCGAUAUCAGCAACAGCCCCAGAGAUCAUUGCUUAUGUUGAGGAGAUGUCUGCUGAAGAUCCUCUGAUCAAGGGCGUCCCAGAGGACAAGAACCCAUUCAAGGAGAAGGGUGGCUGCAUUAUUACGUAGCAAUGGCCCUGGGGGCACCAGGGUGAUGUUCAAUAAUUGCUUUUGUAUGAAAUAUCAAAGGAUUAUUUGUUCUAGUGAAGAAUCCGGGACAACACUGCAAGAUUUUAGCAUCCACUGUCGUUACAGUAAUAUACAGAAAAGAAAAGGGACACCCUCAUGUCAUUCAAUAUAUCUUGUGAUAUGAUGUAAUCUGUCUCUUUUUAAAAUAAACCCACUAGCAA